ACGAGAAUAUAUAUUUAGGAAUUACAACGUUGGCAGUUGGCAGUGGUUUUUUGUUAUGCGUUUAUGUGAACAUGUAUGAAAAAAAUACAUUUUAAUAUUUGAAUUGUAUUUGAUUGGAGAAAAAAGUGAAAACCGUUCUAAAUCUAGUACAACGCAUUAACAAUACAAUUGUAAGUUAAGAUUUAACGAGUAGUAAGGUGGCAUACAAUAUACACGUUGGUAAAUAAAUAAUGUAAUUAACAUUUUUUAACUAUUAGUGAUAAGAUGGUAAUAUAUUUUUAUUGAGUGGAAAAAGAGGGGUAUUAAAUUAGCUGGUUACACAUUUUAUAAUAUUAUUAUUGUAAUCCAAGAUUGGUGUUUUAUUAGUAAUCAGUUAUAACUCUGACGGCUUUAGUAAAUUUUAUUUAUGAGAUUGUUUGCUAAUAUAUUUUAUGUUGUUUAUAAAUUAAUAUAACGCAUUAUAUUAGAUAUAUUACGUACUUCAUUAUGAAUUUUUUGUUAUUGUUGUUGACUGUUUCCGUAGCUAUGACAGUAUAUGGAAGAGAUAUGAUUCGAACUUCGCCUAAUCAUCGUCAAAGCAUAUCACCUACUCAAAUUACAAUAGAAUCUGAAAGUAAAUAUACUACCAAUAAUGUUUUGUAUUCAGGAAAAAACAAUGUUGCAACAUAUGAUCCCAAUACUGUGAAUAAAAUGUUGAUUCGGAAUAUAUUUUCUGCGCGGAAAGUUAAGGUUUCCGAUAAGAUUAAUCAGAAUGGCUUAAUCAUUGGUAAAUAUAACACUACUACAAUAAAGGUCAUUCCAAAGCAAAACUUCCAAAUGAAAUUGAUACAACCCAAGUUGAGACAGUGUCUAGAAGGAAUGGUUCAAGACACUAAAGGAGAAUGCACUUAUGGAUUUGAGGACUGAAAAUAUUGUUUCUUCAUAUUAAUAAAUUUUAAAUGGAGAAUUGUAAAAAAAUUAAUAAAUUAAUAUCUGUCUUAUUGUACAAAA